UCCCUCCCCCAGCCUGAGUGGGGUUGACCCUUGUGUGAGCUGCCGCUGGCCAUCAGUCUGCAGCAGCAGCCCUCUCACAUCCUCACCGCCCGCAGAGGAUGAUGGAGAAAACCAGUCACAUCAACAUUGCAAUGAUAGAAGACAUCGGUACUAACGGGAUGGCCGUGUCAAAGGUCGGCACGGGCGUGGACGGGACGAAACAGCGGUGCGGUUCCACCGUGAGCUUCCACAACAUCCAGUACAAAGUGCAGCAGCAGAGCGGCUUCCUCUGCAAAAGAAAGAUCCUCUCCAAGGAAAUACUGGUGGACCUCAAUGGGAUUAUGAGACCUGGUCUGAAUGCUAUUCUUGGACCUACUGGAAGUGGAAAAUCUUCAUUCUUGGAUAUUCUGGCUGCGAGGAAGGAUCCCGCAGGUCUCUCGGGUGAAGUUCUCAUUGAUGGAGCCCCACAGCCUCCAAACUUUAAGUGCCUCUCUGGCUAUGUCGUCCAGGAAGAUGUGGUCAUGGGCACCCUGACCGUGAGGGAGAAUCUGCGUUUUUCUGCCGCUCUGCGACUGCACGUCUCCGUGCCUCAGGUCGAGAAGGAGGCUCGAGUCAAUCACCUCAUUAAAGAACUGGGUCUCACCGAAGUGGCUGACUCCAAGGUGGGCACGCAGAUGACCCGAGGAAUCUCAGGAGGAGAGAGAAAGAGGACAAACAUCGGCAUGGAGCUGAUCAUCGAUCCUGCUGUCCUAUUUCUGGAUGAACCAACCACCGGGCUAGACGCAAGCACUGCUAACUCUGUCCUGCUCCUGCUGAAAAGAAUGGCGAGUCAUGGUAGAACCAUAAUUAUGUCCAUCCACCAACCUCGCUACUCCAUCUACAGACUGUUUGACACUCUCACACUGUUGGUCGGUGGUAAAAUGGUGUACCAUGGACCAGCACCAAACGCUUUGGACUACUUUGCCAACAUCGGCUAUGCCUGCGAGGCCCACAACAACCCAGCUGACUUCUUUUUGGAUGUGAUUAACGGAGACUUCACCGCCACAGCAAUGACCAAAGUGCACGGCUCUGAAGAUUUGGACUUCAAGGAGCUCAGUAGCUCCAGGCAGAGCAUCGAGGAGCGCCUGGUGGAUGAGUACAGGAACAGCGGUUACUCCAGCAACACACGAGCCGAACUGGAACGCAUUGUUAAAGAUAAGCGCUGUGGGUCCCUCCCAAAGUCCCGCACCAUCACCUACAACAGCUCGUUCUUUCACCAGCUACGAUGGGUCCUUCACAGAACAUUUCAGAACCUCAUGUUGAACCCCCAAACAUCUGUGGCCCAGCUGGGAGUCAACGUUUUCCUCGCUCUCAUCGUGGGAGCCAUUUUCUUUGGGGUCAAAGAUGAUCAGAGUGGUAUUCAGAACAGGAUGGGCGCCCUCUUCUUCAUCACUACCAACCAGUGUUUCAGUACUGUGUCUGCUGCCGAGCUCUUCAUCACUGAGAGGAAACUCUUUGUGCACGAGUACAUCAGCGGCUACUACAGAGUGUCUGUCUACUUCCUUUCUAAGAUCCUGUCUGAUAUCGCUCUGCGCACCGUCACCUCUGUUAUCUUCAGCUGUGUUGUCUAUUUUUUGAUUGGGCUAAAAUCCACAGCAGAAGCCUUUUUUGUCUUCAUGCUGACGGUGACUCUGGUGGCUUACACAGCCACAGCCAUGACCAUGGCCAUCUCAGCUGACCAGAGUGUCGUGGCUCUUGCCAACAUCCUCAUGACCAUCACCUUUGUCUUCAUGAUGAUUUUUUCAGGACUCCUGGUGAAUCUACCCAGCACCAAAGACUGGUUGGCUUGGCUGAAGUACUUUAGUAUUCCUCGUUAUGGUCUUGCAGCCUUGAAGAUAAACGAAUUUGUGGGUCUGAGGUUCUGCGAAGAGGUUGUAAUCCGAAACAGCAACAUGUCAGCUAUGACAGCCAACUGCACUGUGAAAACAGCUGGCCAGACAUGCACAGGAGAGCAGUAUCUGGAGUACCUGGGCAUAGACUACACCUGCUGGGGUCUGUGGGAGAAUCAUGUAGCUUUGACUGUUAUGAUGAUCAUAUUUCUCAUCAUUGCCUAUCUGAAGCUUCGCUUCAUCAAGAAAUUUACUUAAUGCGUUAUCUGUUUUUUACUUUAAUGUACCAGCACUGAUAGAUCUUGUGCUCAGAAAUAGCACAAUUAAAGCUACAUUUAUAUAUUGGGGGUUUAGUUUUAUUUUACACUGCCCUCAUAUCUUUAGCAUAUAAUGAAGCGAGAAAGUUAGAGUACAAGUGCAAAUACUGAAAUAAAAAGCUGAAAGCAGCCGAAAACAGCUAGCUAAACUUUUCUAGAGUUCACGUUUUUACCAUUAGUCUCCCUGUAAAGCUCAUAAAAUCUUAUUGUGUGUUGUGUUCAGCUGCUCAUUAACCCUUUUACGCAUAGUGGUCACUACAGUGGACAGCUAUUCAAACACUGUUUUCUUGUAU